GAAGCGUCACACAGACGUAGACGAUCUUUGUCACAAACAUGGCAGCGCGCAUGUGAAUGUCAUGCCAUCUUAAUCUAUUCCCUGAAUCAGUUCAUGUUUGGGCACGCUUGCGUUAAAGCUGACGCGUAAAUUACUUCCUACAGCAUUGUGGUUUGAUUCACCUCAAACCGCUGAGCCGUAACUUAGCUACUUGAUUCACCAGCUCUCAAUGUUAGCAUUUUAGCAACUAAUUAGCAGUCAUCUCUACGAUGGAUCCUGACCAGCAACUGAGAAAUCUGCGGGAUUUCCUUUUGGUUUACAACCGCAUGACUGAAACUUGUUUCCAGCGAUGCAGCAGCAACUUCAACUACAGAAACCUUACCAUGGACGAGGAGCGAUGUGUGGACAGCUGUGCAGGGAAGCUGAUCCGCUCUAACCACCGCCUGAUGAGCACCUAUGUGCAGCUGAUGCCUCGGAUGGUGCAGCGUCGGAUGGAGGAGAUGGAGAGCAAGGCUGCAGAAAAUGCCAAGGCAGCAGAGGCAGCUGCUUCUGCAUAUGUGGAGCCCCCUGCCACAGAGGCCUCACCAGCAUCUCUAACCCCCAUCACCUUAUCUCCACCCCCACAAGUACCUCCACUGCUGGAUCAACCUUUUACCUCAAUGACGAUUGACGAUGUCGGGGUCGGACCACAGGCCCAUGGCUCAGUCUUAAAGCCAGCAGGAUCAGAUAUUCCAGUUGAGCUUGACACUGCUGUUUCAAAAUUCACAACAGCCCCAGAAGUUAAAUUAUCAGCUGCCUCCCCACUCACACCUGUGACUGAAACGGUGAAUCUCUCAGUGCUUAAUGAAGCUGGCAAUGGACCAUCUUAUAAAGCAAGCUUUGCUCAGCCGCUGAUAGCUGGUGCCCAAAUUGAGUCUGAGAUCUCAGCGCCUGUGUUUAUGCCAUCUAAACCAAUGUCUUUAACAGGAGAUGUGCCUGUGUCAACAGUAGCUGCACCUACAAUGUCCAAAUCCAUUGAGAGCCUGUCAGGCCAAGAGAGAGCCCCAGAGGUUCCCCCGCCAUCAGGCCAGUAAUGAUGGCCAUUCUGGGUCUGUCUUAGGUGGUUAAACUGUUAGCGAUAUGGCCCUGACUCCCACCACAAACCGUCAGUUUGAGUAACUCAAAUGUGAGAUUCUCCGUAUUGCUGAAAAGAAUAGUUGAUAAAUAGAUUUACAUUAAUUAUUGAAUAGAUCAACUUUUCAACAACUAAUAUACAUGCUAUGUCAUAUAACCUUUUCUGGCUACAGUCUCUCAAAUGUGAGUAUUUGAUGCUUUUCUGUUUUCAUAUUGUAAAUUAAAAAUUGUUGAGGUUUGACAAAACUAGCAACUUGAAGACCUCACAUUAGACUGUUGACUUGUGCAGGUAUUGUCAUUAUUAUUUUCUGUUUUAAAUAAAUCAAAAAACAAUUGAUAAUGGGAAAAAAACUUAACUUGCAGCUUUAGUGACCUACCAGGAAAAUAGAUUAACCUGAUAUAAAACACAGUCAAGCAUGUCACUAUAUAUAUAUAUAUAUAUAUAUAUAUAUAUAUAUAUAUAUAUAUAUAUUUCCGAUAGUAUUGUGAAGUGUCAGAAAUGGUAAUAACAAAAACAUAUUUGGAGCAGCCUGGAGUCCUCAAUCUAAUGACCCACUGAACACACUCCUGCUAUUUGUUUUGAAAUGUGACACAGUAAAUGCACACAUUGGAUAAUCAUGAGUAUUCCUUACUUUUUUCACGUGUUCUUUAUUUUAAAUGCCCUAGUGACAACCUCUUGUAUUUGUUGUUUGAAAACAUUAAAGGCCCUCCUACUGCGAUGGCCUAAUUCACCAGUGA